GGUAAGACGGUGAUGAGAUCUGAUACAUCCGAAUCGUAUGCAAGAAACUGCGUUCCUGGUUCCAUAGAGAAUGCUAAAGUGAAUGGAACCAUCGUUCUGUGCGAGAACAAGGAUCCAGAUUACUCAGGUUUUGGGAAGGUAUUAGAAAUGCAGUACAAUGGAGGAGUAGGUGUAAUUUUUAUUGAUGAUUUGAAAAGAAGAGUUGCUUCUACUUUCAAGGACUUUCCAGCUGUAGUAAUCAGCUCCAAAGAUGCUACUGAAAUCCUUUCUUACAUCAACUCAACCAAAAACCCUGUUGCAACAAUUCUAGCUACCGUGGCAACUCCCAAGUACAAACCGGCACCUGAGAUUGCAUACUUUUCUGCCAGAGGCAUUGCCGCAGUGGUUAAAUCGCACAACCCUUCGUUCGGCCCUUCUGAGAUCAAAUCCGCCAUUAUGACAACAGCAUCACAACUGAACAACGACAAGUCGCCAAUAACCACACACUCCGGCGCAACAGCCACGCCCUUCGACUACGGCGCCGGAGAGAUGAGCCCAACCGCGCCGCUACAGCCGGGGCUAGUCUACGAGACCACCACCGUCGACUACCUCAACUUCCUGUGCUACCACGGCUACAACACCAACACCAUCAAGCUCAUCGCCAAGUCCAUCCCGCCCAACUUCGCCUGUCCCAACAACUCCACCCCCGACCUCAUCUCGGACAUCAACUACCCCUCAAUAUCGGCCAAGCUCAACAAGAAACAGAGUAGGAACGUCGCUACUGGCGAUUGCAAUUCAAUCGUACACCUUAUCAACAAGCAUCGGUAGUGGCAAAGGUGUGGAAGUACAAGUCUCUCCGUCUCAGCUUAAGUUCACAAAGAGAGGCCAGAAGCUGACUUUCUACGCGAUGUUUUCGACCAUGGCUGGUUCGUUGGUCGAAGGGGAUGUGUUUGGGGCAAUUACAUGGAGCAGCUCCAAGUUCAAAGUCAGGACUCCAUUUGUAAUGAGAAGCACAUCAUACUUCUAAUGUAAUAACCGAUCAGAAGUAAAAAUAAGCUCUCAAUUACCUCCACAUAGAUAUAACAAGCAAACAAUAACGAAACCUUGGGAAACACCAUAAUUAAGUCGUGAUCAAACC